AUGCCUGCCGCAAAGAAAGCAAAAACUCCAAAGUUGAAUGAUAAGGAGAAGCCAAAAGAUGACGACCCAAAAGGCAGCAAAUCGACGCCAAAGGUACAGGAUUUCAUUUCUGCCAUUGAACCUAAUGUUCAAACGGAAGUGUCUGCUGCGCCUCCUGUGUUGCACCAACUUCUUCAGUGCUUUUCUGAGGAACAAAUCGCACUGGUGUUAUCAAUCUUGAAAGCAAAACCAGAUGAAAUAUCCAUAAAAGAUUAUUUGGAUGAGUUCCGAGAAUCAAUCAAACUUGAAGAAUCACGAAGUAAUCGUAUAGUUGAUUCGGGAGAGUUUUGGAAACGACGGUUCGAAAGUCAGUGUAUUCUUACAGAUGAACUACAGACUCGCAUAGCAAGCCUACAGAAGAGACUACGACGCUGUCGCAUUCCAUCUAUGACAUCUUCAUCUGAGGAUUCUGGAGAAGAGGAAAUUCCGAGUAUCGCCCAACGCUCCUCCGAGUCUCAUAAUGACCAAUCUUUGAAACCUGCCAGAAAGAAGAAAAGAAAAAGAUAUGAGAGUCUAGAUACUGUCCCAAAUGAGGACGACGAAAUGGGAACUGAUGCAUUGGCGUUGGCAUAUAAUCAUGAUCAUAUGAUGGUUGCUACUUAUCUAUACAGAAUCAAUCGGAUUCGCCGAUCUCUUCACGCCGAAUCUGCACCUGCCUCGUGUCGCAAGCUCAUAGAAUUGAGUUGGAAGGCAAUCUCCGACUGCCUUCCCAAAUAUAUCGGUGUCAGAGAAACAAACUACCAUACGAAAGAUGUUAAAUGCCUAGCGCAUCUUAUGAGCGAGAUCGCUGGAUGCCAUAAGAGCUGCGUUGAGGUUUCAAGUGAACAUUACAAAACUAUAGCCGGAAGGGAGUUGGUGAGGAAAGCAAAUAUUAUACAUUCCUUGUGCUCUUUCUUUGAUAAAGCGUUGAACGAGAUGCACAGUUUGUGUAUUACGAAAGCCAAACUUCCAAUUCGUUCAGCCAAUUCGAUAUCAGACCGGGUGGAGAUUUCUGCAGACAGCGAUGAGCCCAUGAUGGUCCGCUUUGUUGCUAACCUCAUGAUUGGCAUUCUGCGAAAAAUCAGCUGGCAAGAAGAGAAUGACCUGCAUAAACAAAUGAUCGAAGGCAUUCUAGCGAUAAUAUUAAAUCACAUCGGUAGAUUGAUUUCCUAUAUCGUAUUUAAAGAAGAUGUUGCCGCUUCCAAAUUGCCAGGAAAUAUUACUUCUCGAGAUCCUUCGCUUAAUUCAACAAAAAACGAGUCUUCUCUAAAGUCCAAAUAUCUUAUUCACAUACUUGAGAUGGCACUCAAAAUUCAAAAGGAAACUAUGGGUGUUGGACCAACAGAAGAACUUCUGCAGAAAGCCAAAAGAAGAAUACAGAAUACACUCAAGAAUAGUAUAAUCGGAGGAGGCUUAUUGGGGUUGAAGUUGCCGGAUCAAAUUCCGGAGGAACCAAUCGACAUUCCGGAAUUGAAAGGAUUGGAAAUGUAUGGGGAAGAGUGGACUGUACAAUGUGUGUUUACGAUGAUUGAAAUGGAUGAAGGUGAAGAAGGUGAAGAAGGUGAGGAGGUAGGAGGGGAGGGAGUUUUAGGUUGA